GUUGAAAUUGUUGAAUUGUUAACACAUGUUAAUAUAAUAAAAGAAAAGUUGGAUUUGUAAUCAUUUUUAAAGUAUAUAAAAAUCAAAAACAAACAAAGCAAGAGAAAAGAAGUCUUUAUAUAUAAUACCCUAAGGUUCCUCAUUUAAAUGUUUUUUAUUAACUUGGUAAAUGUAAAUGAAAUCAUCACAAUUUACACAAUUUAUUAAAUAGGCCAAAAAAAUAAACACAAAGAAUGUCCAAGUUUUUUUAAAACUUGCUUGAAAUUAACCACAAAAAAAAUAAAAAAAAGCCAACAAAUUAAAAAAACAUGUCUCAAACACAGACAGAAGAGCAGCAGAAAUUAGAAGUCAUAAAUGUAGAUGAUGAAGAUUUAGAAGAUGGUGAGAUCGAUGACAGUGAUGAGGAGGCCAAAGAUGAUGAAGAUGUCAUUAUUGUGGACAGCAGUAAAGGUGUUGAAAAACCUAAAAACUCACAUGAUGGCAAUGCUCUGAAAUCAUUGGCCAAUACGGAAUCAGUGGUCACCGUUAUUGAUUCGUCCAGUGAUACGGCACCCACACCACCACCCAGCAAUGCGAAUCAGAUAAAAUCAAAGAAACCCACACCAGUCGAAGAUGAUCAUGCGAGCAGCAUUGAAAAUGCCAUAGCCAUGGCUUUAAAGAAAAAGGGUAUAGAGCCGACAAUACCAAAAGUAUUGGAGACAAAAUUACAGCACUCGGAUGAUAAGGAUGAUGCGUCCGCUCCGGGUCAGGGACAAAGUAAGAGCAGUCGUCGGCGUAAGCGCAAAAAGGAGAAGGAAAAGGAGAGGAAGGAAAAGAAAAAACGUUAUGACUCCUCGGAUCCCUUGGGUCCACCACCCCUGGAAGAUGAAAUCGAUAUGGAUGAAUAUGAAAUGUUAAAUGUAAGAGGCGGUAGUCCGCCUCCCAUGGCUGCCCUGCCACAGCAAAACUCUCAAACAAACAUGCACAUGUAUAAAGAUCAAUAUAAUGAUUCCGAAGAUGAGUCGGGCUCCUCCUACGACAGCUAUGACACUGAUGCCGAUGACAGCAACAGUGAGCGCCGGCGACGUAAACGCAAAAAAGAGUCACGUAAACGCAAGGAAAAACGCCAGCGUGAAGAAGAUAAGCGUCAUGAUAAACGCAGUCGUCGUGAUUCCAUGGAACAUCGCAGUGAACCGCGAAAGCUAGAGUUGUGUAAAUUCUAUCUAAUGGAAUGUUGUGCUAAAAAAGACAAAUGCUCUUAUAUGCAUUCGGAUUUUCCGUGUAAAUAUUACUAUCUGGGCAUGGAGUGUGUGCAGAAAGAGGAUUGUAAGUUCUCGCAUGGUCAGCCAUUGUCGGAGGAGUUGAGAAAUAUAUUGCUGAAACAUUUAGAAACCGCACCCAAAGAGAUUUUAGGCAAUUUCAAACGUUUGUCUAGGGAAAACUCACUGGCCAUGGUGACCAAGCGACACGAGGAGUUGUGUCGAACGUUUAAUGUGCAAAAUAUCUGGGCUCCCUGUACGGCCAGCUCAUUGCCCAUACACAGCAAUAGGCGCAAUAAUAAUAUGAAUAACAAUAUUAAUAAUAAGAACAACAAUAAUAAUAAUAAGAACAGCAACAAUAGCGAGCAACAGCAUCUAAAUAAACAGCAGCAACAACAGAAUACCAAUAGCAGUGGUAUACCCUCAUUACUGGAUUUAGUAUUAAAUCCUCCACCCAACAUGGACAGCAUUAGCAAUAACAAGUCCUUAGGUCCAGAACAAAACAAACGCAAAUCUAGAUGGGCUGAUAAUAAUACUAAUACUCCCAUAAUUAAUAAUAAUCCUAAUCAAAUGUCUGUACAGCCACCCUCAAAAACAGCACCCGCCUAUUUGGAUCUGAAAAAUCUGCAUGGCAUUUUGAGUAACGAACAUAUUGAUAAACUACAACAGCUGGGCAUCGUCAAUUUGGAACAGGUUAAUCAGCUGACCUUUGGCCAACUAAAUCAAAUUGGUUUGACUAUAGCGGAAAUAACAGAGAUUCAAUUGAAUGCAAUCAAUAUGGCUAAAUUGGGUGGCAUGCCAGCUGUCAGUGGCACGCAGAGCAUGAUGAAAACCAGUAAAGCUACUGAUAGUAUUGCAGCGAACAAUAAGGAGGGAAGUUCCUCUAACAAAGGCGAUGUAGACAUGCGUUUCCUACCCACUGCAGCAUCCUCAACAGUUACCAGCACAUCGUCAUCAACAACCGCUGUGACAGCAGCAGCCGGCCCCGAUAAAGAUGUCUUAACGUCUUCCAAUUCGAAUAGCAGCAGUGGCGUUAUUAUGGUGGACUAUUCACAGUAUUUGAAAGACUCAAAUAUCUCCUUCGAUAGAGGAGAUAUGUAUGAUGACGAAAAAGAUGAAGAACAACUGGUUAUUGAUGACGAUAAUACCGAUACGGAAGAGCAGCAUCAAAAGGCAACGGAUGCUUUAGUAACAGAGCAGCAGGAAAAGAAACUUCCUAGCGAUUCCUAUGACAAUGGUUUUGCCGCCAAACUGCCCACCAUGUCCGGUUUAACACAGACUUUCCGCAAUCCCUUCAAAACAGCCGCUCCCCCAAUCCCCUAUGGCUCAGAGAAAUCAGAUGCAAAUCGUGCUAAUGAGAAGACGACUCAAGGCCAACGUGAUAGCAGUCCUGAAACUGAAAGAGACAAUGAAGCCGGUUUCUAUAACUCCUCAUCGGCGAGAAGACACUCGCGAGAAAGAAGUCGUUCCAGAUCAAGAACGCCCACUCGCUCCCAAUCAAAUACUCCGGAGGCCUCACAGUCGCCACAACCUCUGCAAAUUGCCCCAUUGGCUGCUGAGGAAAGCACCAUUAAAGAUGUGGUGUAUGAAAGAAACACCAUGUAUGAUUUUAGUUCACGCCUGGCUGAGGAGGAUGAGCAGAGAGCCUUAAACACAAAAUUGGAUAAAGAUAUGAGAUUUUUACCCGGAGGUUUGGGUUCAGAUGCCACGGCUAGUGAUAUAGACCUGCGUUUGCCCUUCCAGCCCAUGACCAAUUACACGCCAGCCACUGAGAUAGAUGGUUCGAUAACGUCACACUUGCCCAUUACCUAUAAAGUGUAUGAAGUUGAUGUGCCGCGUCCCAUUUAUGUGGAGCUGAGAAAGCAUUUUAAUUCAGAUCAUGCCACAGAUCCAAGACUGCGUAGAAUAUUGGGUUUGCCGGAGUUGUCACAGUCGAGAACUUCAGCAGCGUUAAGUAGAAAAGUGCGCAAGACCAGUCACAGCAGCAGCAUAGCCUCACCCUCGGAGUCCGAGGAAGCUUCACCCAAAUACUAUACACCACCCUCAGCAGCAGAAGAAAAACUGAAAAGCCGUAGUGCAGAUCCACGAGGAGAUCCCCGGGCCUCGGACCCCAGAGCUGAUCCUAGAAGCGAGGCUAGAACUGAAACCCGCACAGAUCCUCGCUCAGAUCCACGCUCAGAUCCGCGCUCUGAUCCCAGACGUCAAGAUCCCCGCAGUGCAGCCUCUUCGAAUAGCACCGUUACCACCUCUAGUACCAUAACCACCGCCAAUGCUGCCGGCGGCCAAAAACAAAAUAUCGAAAUACGUAAUCUUUUGCAAAAAUCCGAAUGGUACAAGAAUCUUAAUUCGAAAUUCAAGAUAAUGGUUAAUCAGCAGCUGGCUUUGGUAUCCACCGAACUGAAAAAGUUUCACCAGGAUCCCUCGCCCAAUAAGAUCUUUGACAUUUCGUUUAUUGUCAACAACCAGACAUUGCAGCAGAUUUUAACCAAUCUCGGCAUUUAUAUCGAUGACAAUGGCGAGGUGGCCCACAUAGACAACGAUAAUGAAGAACUAACGGAUGCCUCACAAGAUCUGGGCGGAAGUAAUCUUAAAUCGAAUAUUAAUCUGCCCAAUAUGUCACAGCCACCACCCAAUGUGGGCGGCGGCGGCGGUGGUGUUGGUAUGCAGCAAAAUAAUCCGGCCUUGGAUUUCCUAAGAGCACCGCCUCCCAUGGUGGUGGCCCAGGGACCACCACCCAUAGCUUUGGGUCCCAUGUUCCAAAGACCGCCCAUGCAAGUGCAAGCCUUUGCUAGACCCUCACUGCUAGGUAUGCCUCCAGCAGGCCAGGGCAAUCCUUUAAAUCCCUUUGCCAAUCCUUUGAAUAUUAAUCCCAACUUCUUGGCCGCUAAUCCCAAUCUAUUGGGAGCCUUUGGUCCCAAUUUCGUUCCUAACCUAGGCAUGGCUGCCAACAUGCAACAGCAGCAGCAACAACAACAGCAACAGCGUAAUUUCAAUAAUAAUCAACGCAACAAUCAGCGCCAGCAGAAUAGAAGGAAAAUUUAGCAUACGGAGAUAAAUGCUAGCAUUAAACCUCCCGAUACUCCUAUUCCUCCUCCUGCCCCUCCUUCUAUCCAGAUUACUACUGCAGGUCCUUUAGAAGAAUCUACAUCUUCUAAAUAGUUAAUAAAAUUGUGUAUAAAUAUUAUUAUAACUAAUGUUCUUUGCCUAUAAGACUUGUUUUUCUUUCUCUUAGACAUUAAAUUAUAUUAUAUACCUUAUUAUAGUGUAGAUUUAAAUUAUUACAUUACAUUAUUUUACUUUACUUUUCUUUUAAUUUUCUGCUUUUAUCGUUUAAUUUUUCUUUUAUUAAAAGUUAUGCAUUCAUUAAAAACAAAGACUCUUGUAAAUUAAAUCAUUUAUUGUUUUUUUUUUAUUUUUAUUUUUUUUCAUUAUAAAAUAAGAAAUAUUCAACAAAAAAUAUGUGUGAGGAAAUUAAUAAGAUUUUUAAUGUUAAGUGAUACUUGAAAAUAAUUCUAGAAAUUAGCCUUAAACAUUUUAAGGCGUUUUUUCAAUAUACAAGUUAAUAAAAAUAAAACAAAAGGUGAAAAAUAAAAGCUAAAAA